AUGGAUAGUACUGCUGCUACCAACCCGACGCAGGCGCGCCGCCGCUUAGUAUGCGUUGAGAACGCGUUCAGCCAGCUGCUCGCCACCACCGUCAUUUUGCCCUUCGCCUACCUGCUCCUCGGGUGGCGGGUCGCCGCGGCAGCCGCCGCCGUCAUAUUGCUCGGCUGCCUCUUCACCCCCACCGGCAGCAACUUCAUCCGCACCGUACUCUGCUGCCGGCGACCUCCGGGUCUCGCCGCGUCCGGCGUCGUGGGCGGCGGCGGAAUGGGGACGGACGCGGCAGCGAUCGCGGCGCUGCCGGCGGCGUUCGCGUUCAAGCGGGACGUGCUGGCGGGGGAUGGAUGGGCGCAGUGCGCCAUCUGCCUGGGGCUGGUCCUCCUGGGGGAGAAGGUGCGGCGGCUGCCGGCGUGCGGGCACAUGUUCCACGCCGGCUGCGUCGACGAGUGGCUGCGUGCGCACCCCACAUGCCCGCUCUGCCGCGCCGCAGUCCGGCGGCCGCAACGGCUGCCUGUCUGA